AUGUGCUGGUGUUCACACGACACCGCGGAUUGUUCAGGUAAUGGAGGACUGUUGAAGUUUGUGCCAAAGCUGCCUUCCACCAUCUCAAAGUUACUCUUUUCCAAGAACGCUUUGACCCACCUCCCUUCAGACUUCUUCAGUAACGUGACCCAGCUUUUCUCCAUAUAUCUGAUGGACAACGGGCUUUCCUCCAUGGACCAGCAUGCCUUUCGGGGUUUACGAAAUCUAACUUCUUUAACUCUCGACAACAACUUCCUGGAUUUCGACUCCGUGAGACCAGCUCUGAAUGUGUCUUCGUUAGUCCACUUGCAGAUGAUCAAGAACUUAAAUGUUACCUACAUUCCUGACAACAUAUUCUUGGAGUUCCCAUUACCACACUUACACAAAAAGUUACAAGAACUUUUUCGAGGUAUUUCCAUGCUAACUUAUGUCUCCAUUGGUUAUUCAAGUAUCAAAACUAUCACAUCUGCUACAUUCAUAGGAGUUCCCCAUGUUGAGGAGAUAAAUUUGGAUAAAAACGUCAUCGAAGUUCUUCCAGACGGCGUCUUUGACCAUCUCGUCAACUUAACAGUCCUUCGUGUUAGCUACAAUCGUCUGUCAGUGAUACGGGAGACAACCUUUAGUGCUAGCACUCGCCAACGUCUUCACCUAUUGGACCUGAGCAACAAUCCCUAUGCAUGCACCUGCAACGUGCAAUGGUUUAGAGCCUGGCUAACAGACGAAAAACAAAAGUUUCUAAAAUUUCCAAAAGACUACGUUUGCGCUUUUUUCUCAUCUAGCAGCAGUGACGAUGUCGGAAAAGUAGCUGUCAUGACGGAUGCCCAUAAGGUCGGGAAGUACAGCAGCAAAUCGUCUGAUUUUUCUAACCGAAUAUCGCAGCCCAUCUCACGGCGUUUCCAGAAGGUAUUUCAUCAUCAGGACCAGCAGCCCUUCGUGGUAACUCACACACAGGAAGAAUCAUCAGUUUCUGAAUCACAAGAUCAGAUCUUUCUACCACCUGUCCACUCUACCGUUUACUUAUCUGAUUUCCUUCUGAGCGAUCAAGCGUGUCUGUUGAGUCAGUCCACCAGUCUGUUGACGGCAGUUCUGGCGGCAGUGCUGGUGGUGUUCAUGCUGACCUUCCUGGUGCUGUACAAGUACCGCUGGCACAUUCGCCUGGCGCUGUACGAGGCUUUUCGAGGAAACCCGCAACGACGACAACAACAACCUGAACACGAGUACGAGUAUGAUGUGUUCGUGUCGUACGCCAACGAGGACGUGGACUGGGUGAGACAGGAACUCAUACCGACACUGGAAGGGAGACACGGGCUGAGGCUGUGCGUCCACCAGCGAGACUUCCCUGUCGGCGGCAACAUCAUCGACAACAUCAGCACCUGUGUGCACGCGUCCAAGCGUGUCCUCUUUGUGUUGUCGCCGCACUUCGCCAGGAGCCGCUGGUGUCAGUUUGAACUGGUGUUCUGUCAAAACUACGUCAUGGAACGCGAUGACGUCCUGGUGCUGACGCUGCUGGCGCCCAUUAGCGGUCGUGACAUGACUGACGCCAUCUCCGCCAUGUUUAAGACGACGACUUACCUGGCGUGGGGCGAGGAAGACGACGCGAGAAAGGCUUUCUGGGGUCGUCUGGUGCUGGCUUUCCACGACAUUGUGCCCCGACAGGUGGCGUGAGAAGAAACAACGAGAUGUAAAUAAUCU